AUGCGAAUACAGACGCCGACUUCGCUUGCGCUGUUCUCUCUCCUUCCCGGCCUGGCUUCUGCCGUGGGCUUCGACUGCGCGCGCGUCAGCGUCGAGGGCGUCAAGUUCGACCUCAGUCCGCUGGGCGGCGUGCAUUCGCUCUACCACGUCGACCGUUUCGACGACUACAUCGUCAACACGACGUACGUGCUGAACAUCUGCAACAUCCUGAAGGGGGCCUCGAUCCGGGAUGGCUUGAAAUGCGGGACUUCGAAGAACAUCUGCGGCUUCGAAACGAUAAUACCCAAGGACAGCGACGAGGAUGGAAACAUUGUCAAACGAGCGUUCCCCAUCGUCGGAUUCGACCAUCUCGGUCACGGCAAAAAGGACCCCGAGGUCACCCGCCUGAAGAAAAAUGACCCGGACGCCGACGGGCUGCUGGUGAAGCUGACCGGGGGCGAAUACAGAGAAACCCCGAAAUCCGAGCCCAAGGAAACGGCGGCCGUGAUUGAGUUCCAGUGCGAUCCUGACCGGACGGGGCUGGAGGGCCUGGAAGACGUCGCCGAGACGGAAGAUGACGGCGAAGAGAAGAGACGUCGGGACAAAGGCGAUGAGGAUGAGGACGAGGAUGACACGGACAAGGAGAAUGCCGGCCGAAGUCUAAAGUUCAGGAGCUUCAAGCUCGUCGACGACACGUACAUCCUCAGACUGGACUGGAGGACCAAGUACGCGUGCGAAAACUACGUGCGAGACAAUCCCAAGUCUGGCGGUCAUUGGGGAUUCUUUACGUGGAUUAUCAUUAUUGGCUUCCUCUGCGCAGCCGCCUACCUCAUCUUCGGAUCCUGGCUCAACUACAAUCGUUACGGGGCCCGGGGCUGGGAUCUCCUGCCGCACGGCGACACGAUCCGAGACAUUCCGUAUAUUUUCCAGGACUGGGUCCGCCGAGUCAUCAACACGUUACAGGGGCCUGGUGCGAGAGGGGGAUACAGUGCUGUAUAG